GGAUGAUAAUAAAUUCAAAUCGAAAAAAACCUACUUUGAUUAUUAUUUUCCUAUUGUGUCUGUUGUUCUUUUGGCCUAAAUCAACCACACAACCCUCCGUCAUUCAUCCUAGUGUUGCUCGGAACACAACACGGGUCAAUGCUGCUUUUGUUAUACUAGCAAGAAACAAUGAAUUGGAUGCCCUAAGAAAGACAAUGCAGCAAUUAGAAGCCAGAUUGAAUCACAAGUUGAAUUAUCCAUAUGUGUUUCUGAAUGAUGUUGAAUUCACAGAAGAAUUCAAAGCACUCACCACAAGUUUAACACAGGCAAAUACAUCCUAUGGUAUCAUUCCUAAAGAACAUUGGAGUUAUCCUUCAUGGAUUGAUAUUGACAAAGCAGACAAAGCAAGAAAAGGUAUGGGUGAACAAGGUAUUAUUUAUGGCGACAAUCUAUCUUAUAGACACAUGUGCAGAUUUAACAGUGGAUUUUUUUAUCGACACCCUCUCAUGGCCAAUUAUGAAUUUUAUUGGCGUGUAGAACCCGGUGUUGAAUUCUCAUGCGAUAUAGACACGGAUCCAUUCUUGUACAUGAAGGAAAACAACAAGAAAUACGGUUGGACUAUUUCCCUGAUUGAAUUUGAAGCAACCAUUCCUACCCUUUGGAAUACCGUCAAGGGAUUUGUCAAACAACAUCCAGACUUGAUACCUCAAAAGAACCUGAUGGACUUUAUUUCGAAUGAUGGAGGUCGGCAUUAUAACCUAUGUCAUUUCUGGAGUAACUUUGAGAUUGGCGAUCUUCGCUUUUUAAGGAGUCCUGAAUACACUGCCUUUUUUGAUUAUCUGGACAAAUCAGGUGGUUUCUUUUAUGAGAGAUGGGGUGAUGCGCCUGUCCAUUCGAUUGCUGUGGGCUUAUUUUUAAACAAGUCUGAAGUCCAUUUCUUUGAUGAGAUAGGCUAUAAACAUGAUCCGUUUAUGCAUUGUCCUGCAUCAAGAGAGUUGCAAAAGAAAUGUCAUUGUGAUGCUGAACAAAGUUUUGACUUGACAUCAAAUUCUUGUAUGCGUAGAUGGGUUAAAAUUGCUUAGAUAACAUUGUCUUGCUUCAAAAUAAUAAUAAUAAUAAUAAAAGUAUGGGUGAACACUUAAAAUAUUAAAUAAGCAGAGUAGAGCAUUAGGCUAUAAGGAAGAAGGGAUAUACAUUGCAAAAAAAAAA